AUGUUGAAGCUUGUGGGUGCGCUUUUAAUACCAAUCGCCAUCAGUGGCAGUGCCAAUGCAGCAAAUGUUGCCUCAGACCUCCUCGUCGCCUCUGCUGGCGACGUGGCUGCCAUACCUGGAUGGUACCUCCAGUCGGCGCUCAAGGUGCCGGACGACUUGUCCGCGUUGUCUUCACCGGGAGCAGACAGCUCUUCAUGGUAUCGGGUCAGUGGUCGUGGUACUGUAAUGGCUGGUCUUCUGGAAAAUGGGGUCUAUAACGAAACGGAAAUGUUUUAUUCCGACAACAUGGAGUCGAUGAGCGAUACUUCGUUCGAAUCCCCGUGGAUUUAUCGAGAGGUGUUCAAAAUGAGCCCAUCCGAAGGACAGUAUUUUACUUUGAAGACCCAUGGAAUCACGUCCAAGGCGGACAUCUAUUUGAACGGGAUUCUCAUUGCAACAAGUGACCAACAACAAGGAUCCUACGGUGGCCUCCAGUACGACCUUACCGACCAUAUUCAAGAAGGCGACAAUUGCAUUCUUAUUCGUGCCUUUCCAACUAAUUAUCUUCGUGACUUUGCCAUGGGGUUCGUGGACUGGAACCCUUACCCAGCGGACAACGGCACGGGAGUCUGGCGAAACGUGGAGCUAUCUCAGACCGGAUCGGUUUCCAUGUCUCCAUUUCGUAUACUGACUGAUUUUACGAAACCCCCUACCGAGAUUGUGAAUGUCACGUUCCGAACUGAACUGUUCAACCAUGAAUCGGAAGCUCAUCGUGUCAUGGUAAACGGAACUGUUACAUUACGAGAUGGCUCCGCUGCAGCUCAGAUCUGCGAUACAUUUGAUUUGAAGCCAAAUGAAAGAAAGACAGUUUCGAUCAAAGCUUCGAUUCGGAACCCUGAUAUUUGGUGGCCUGCUCGCUGGGGCGGGCAACCCUUGUAUACAAUCCAGGCAGAUACAAUCAUCCAGGGACCUCGAGAACUGGUGUCAGACCGUUCCAGCAGUCAACGAUUUGGGAUCCGACAUGUAUCAUCAAAGUUGAACGGGUUCAAUGACACUGAAUUCACCGUCAAUGGAGAACCUUUCCAAGUCAUUGGCGCCGGUUAUGGACCAGAUAUCUUCAUGAGAUUUGAUGAGGACAGAGUUGAGAAAAUCUUUACUUACCUGCUGGACAUGGGAAUGAAUACUGUUCGAUUGGAGGGAAAGCAGGAGCACCCGGAACUAUACGAACUAGCAGACCGCAUGGGAGUGAUGGUCUUGGCAGGAUGGGAAUGCUGUGAUAAAUGGGAAGGCUGGGAAUACAAUGAGGAUGCCGACGGCAUCAAAUGGGAGGAUCCAGAUUACCUCAUUGCAAGAGCAUCAAUGUUACAUGAGGCCGAAAUGAUGCAAGCUCAUCCCUCGAUGCUUGGAUUUUUAGUGGGCUCAGACUAUUGGCCAGAUGAUCAAGCUACAGAAGUAUACCUAGAUGCUCUUCAAGAUAUGGAUUGGUCCAACCCAGUCAUUGCAUCGGCCAGCAUGCGUGGUUAUCCGGAGGCCCUAGGGCCUUCUGGAAUGAAAAUGAACGGUCCGUACGAUUGGGUGCCACCGAAUUAUUGGUAUGGUGACCAAGAAGGGGCAGCCUUUGGAUUUGGAUCUGAACUGGGCGCUGGAGUUGGAACCCCUGAGAUGCGCAGCCUGAAGAAGUUCAUGUCCGAUGAUGAUCUGGAAACUCUGUGGACACAACCAGAUGCAGAUUUGUAUCACAUGUCUCGUUAUGACUCUCACUUUUACGAUCGGUCCAUUUACAACAAGGCUCUUUACUCUCGUUACGGCAAACCAGUGAGCGUGGAUGACUACGUUCUAAAAAGUCAAAUGGCGGACUAUGAGGCUACGCGGGCCCAAUACGAAGCUUACUCAACGAGAAAAAAUGCCACCCGACCCGCCACAGGUCUGAUUUACUGGAUGCUGAAUAGUGCUUGGCCAAAUCUGCACUGGCAGUUGUUCGACUACUACCUCAGUCCCAUGGCAGCCUACUUCGGCACAAAAGUCGGUGCACGCAUGGAACAUGUUGCUUACGAUUACGAAAGUCGGAAUAUUUGGCUCAUCAACCACUCGGUCGAGAAUGAAGGACAGCGACAGGUUUUGAUAGAUGUCAUUGACACACAUGGAAACAAGCUAUCGGGCACCAAAGUCAACAUCACUACGACCCCUCAUUCAGCGAAGCCAGUGAGCUCAGUUGAUGCAAUCAACACAAUCCAAGACGUUGCCUUCCUGCGCUUAAUACUCUGUGAUCCAAAGUCCGACCUGGUCAUCAGUCGCAAUGUCUACUGGGUCUCUCAAACUACAGAUGUUUUAGAUUGGUCAAAGUCUAACUUCUUCACCACCCCAGUCACAACGUUCGCAAAUUAUACGAAGCUUCAAUCCCUACCAACAGCUAAUAUCAAGGUAUUGCUGCGCCCCCAAAGGUCGACCUCCUCUACAUAUGGCUUAACUCAGGCAGAGGUCCAAUUGGAAAAUGAAUCCGGGGUGCCGGCAUUCUUCAUUCGGUUGAAUGCUAUCCAUGCAUCCGAAAAUGCAGAGGUAGCACCAGUCUACUGGUCUGAUAAUUAUAUCACCCUUUGGCCAAAAGAGAAGCUUCGCGUGACAGUUGCGUUUCAAGGGAAUCUGCGACAGACUAAUUGA